AAAGAAAAAGAAAAAGAAAAAGAAAGAAGCUUGGUCCGAUGGUCUCUGCUUGACGACGCCUUGACAGCCCUGGCGGCCUCUGUUCUGUUGCAACCCAUCACCACCAUUCCGCCACCGUCCACAAUGAACCAAACUCUGGCCUCACUCUCUAAAACCCAGAACAUAAUUGUCCUCGUUCAGGUUGACCAAGCUGCUGAUCGAGUAUGAAAGAUGGAAAAGCCAACGGGGAAGACGAGCUCAAACUAUGUGUUGCAAACACGUUGAAGUUAGCCGGGAAAAAAAAAAAAAAAAAAACAAGCACAAGCUCCGACCAAAAUAUGUAGUCCUAGAUUGGUCAUUCCGGGACGUAGAAAACAACGAUAAGCCAAGCAUAAAGAGUCCAGGACUGCUUAUGGAAUUAGUCCUGACUAUAACAGUUUUGCGUACCAAACGUGCUGUAAUAGUAUAGCGAACCUUGUAAUUGUUUCACCACGUGGCGCACUAAUAUCUUGGCCUGAACUAGAACCACAAGUUAUGGCCACUGGUGCCCACAUCCUAUCUCUCCAUCUACAACUUAUGGUUUUUCAGUCAUUCUUGAAUGAAACAACACCAAAAUGUAAAUAUGGCCCAUCUGCUAGCAAGCUAUCCCAACAUAUCAGAACUCUCCUAUGGAUUGACUACAGUUUCUAGACCAGCUAGGAGGACUAGAUUGAUCACAAAUUGUGUAGUGCAUUGCUCCUCCAGUAGUAGUAGCAGUGGUAGCUCAUCAACUGAGGAAGUGGGUUUUGUAGGGAGUGGAAAGUUUGGUAUUGAUAGUACGGGAGAGUUCAAGUACUUGGUGAGUGAAUAUGGUUGGAAGGUCAGGAGUUUGUUUAGAAAUGGAGAUGAGGUAAGGCAGGCAGCUCAAGUUCAAGCUGAAGCAUUUCAUGAACCUGUGUUUCUCUUCAAUGAUUUCUUCUUCCAGUUCUUCCAGGCUGAAGUGUUAUCCGGGCUUGUAUAUAAACUUCGGAGCUCUCCCCCAAAUAGGUAUGCCUGUUUGGUAGCAGAGCCUACACUCAUCGACACUUCAGAGUCGCAAGAGCUUGUGGGCGUCGUUGAUCUCACAGCAUCAAGAGACCAGAAUGUACUAGAGCAUCUCCCACCUGAUGCAGAUGAGUAUCUUUAUGUGUCCGGCAUAGCUGUUCUCAAGAGUUUCAGGAGGAAGAAAGUAGCCACUGCUUUACUAAAAGCUUGUGACAUGCUCUCAGCUGAGUGGGGAUUUCAGUAUCUUGCUCUCCGAGCUUAUGAAGACGAUUUUGGUGCCCGGGAGUUGUAUGCAAAUGCCGGUUACCGGGUUGUCUCUGGUGAUCCGCCGUGGAUGAGUACUUGGAUUGGAAGAAAACGCCGUGUUCUUCUGAUCAAACAGAUUCCGACUCGAUAGUUGUGCUUCAAGUUGUUUCAUGCACAUAUUGAGUUCAUUUUCCUCUUUAGGAGGGUUCUGAAGUUUUAUGAUUACCAACUGGCCUAUUUGAGCAACUUCUUCAUUCCUAGUGGGAUAACUGUCUCUCUUAGAAUAGCAAAACCAAUGGUACAAUUCCAAUGAAAACGAACAUGGUUACUUCAUAGAAAGGCAAAUAUACACAACAGCCCACAACCAAAAACUAUAGCUUUUAUUAAGCUUAGAAGUUUGUCCACCCAAAAAUAUAUAAACAGAAGCAAAACAGUACUCUACUUUCUUUUCUUCUUUUUUUUCUUCUUUUCCUAGGAAAAAAAUACAAAUUCGGUAUAUGAACUGUGAGAUCCCGCAGGGUAGGGGAAUGGGUUAGUGUUUGUUCUUUGCGGUGAAACAAUGGCUGUGCAAGUGCAGCAAAAGUGCACACAUAUCAUUUU